AAACAAUCUUCAAAUGGCGCUAAAUAAUUAAGAUUUUAUUUGCACAUAAAUAAUUAAUAAAUUGCAAUGAAAAUUCCGUGUACGGUGCUGGUAGCGGAUCGUUCAAUGCCGACGUUGCCGGCGAACCUUCGAAGAAAGCCCUGCAAAUCGACCCUGGCCCUUUGCAAGCAUCCAAAAAAUGAGGAAUUUUUCCUACUUUUAUUCUCCGGACAAAACAAGAACGGCACCAAGUACAAUUUAAAAGACAAUCUCAAACAGGUACUUACCAAGUUUGUAGACGAAGGCAAAUUUACUGUCCAACUGAAAAAUCCCGAGCACGAUUUGUGUGUCCAAGGGGAUGUUAUUCAAGUCAAAGGGUUUUUGCAUUUGCUUCGAAGGGCUUUGGAAGGGAAAGUUUCAGCUAAGGAGAUGACAUUUUCCAGCAUGAGUGUGACUCCGGUUAAAGCCAAAGAUAUUGCACCAAUAAAACUAGUCAUCAAUAAAAGAUUAGAUUAUCCGAGCAAAGGCUUCCCACGCACCUUAGAAUCAGUCUACAUAAACGACCUCAAAUGUUGCAGUCUACCCAAAGGAAUUUUGCAGCUGCAAAAACUUAAAAUUCUUGAUUUAAGCAACAAUUCAAUAGAGUUUCUUCCCGAAGAACUAAACAAACUACCAAACUUAAAAGAAUUAAAUAUGUCUUAUAAUUUGUUAGGCAAAGGUACAUUGAAACAGUGGCAAUGGCUUGGAGGCUGUCUAUCAAAAAGCCUUUCCACCUUAGAUUUAAGCAAUAACACCUUAACAUUUCUACCAGAUCAAUUGGUCAAAUUGCACAAUUUAACCAAGCUAAAUCUAAACAACAACCGACUAAAAUUAUUGCCUGCAGGCAUUGGCAAUUUAAGAAACUUAAAAAUCCUUUCAGCAAAUUCCAAUUUGCUUACAAUUUUGCCUGGUAGCAUUAAAAAACUAACAUUACAAGCCAUUGAUGUAUCUGAAAAUAAUUUUGAGCAAAAUGUCCCUGUUAAUUAUCAUAAUUUUCAAUUACCAGUUUGCUCUUUGAAAGAAUAUGCAGCCAAAAAGGUCCUUUGGUCAAGGAUUCCUUAUCCUAAAGGCUCCUUACCUUCAACUCUAAUUGAUUAUUUAGAUUAUGCUAAAUAUUGUAUUUGUGGUAAGGCCUGCUUUACGGUAGUCUGUAAGCAAAGGCAUAAUCUAUCUUUGAGUAGUAUUUCGGAAACUGUAAAUACAAUGGCUAAUGAAACAGUUUAUGUGCCUAUUGAUUGCUAUUUUUGCAGUAGGAAAUGUUUUCUUCAAACCGUUAUUAAACGAUUUAGAAUUCCUAUAGCUAGAUAGGACGCGGUUGAUUUUAGUUGAAAGAAUUUUAAUUGUGUAAUAAAAAUACUUUUAAUUAAAAUCAAAUCAUUAUCUCUAUUGUGCCUUGUAUUAAUAAUGUAAAUAUUUAGUGUUAAUAUAAGGUUUUGAUGGGUGAUAUGGUGAUUUUUGUUUAUUCAAGUUUUCAUGUUACAAAUUGCACAUAAAUUUUUUGUUGAUUUACAAUAAAGUUGUGAAUAAUAAUUGUGAUAAAGCAUCAUUUGGCUAAAAACAAAAUUUGAUUUAUAAAACGCUGAAACACCUAA